AUGGCAUCAAAGCAUCCAUCACCCUUGAGGAGCUUGGUCUGCCUACGUCUGCCUUACAAAGCCAAAGGAAUUGAUAUCAGCUCCAACUCGAAUACUCAAAAGGAAGAAUGGUUCCUGAAGAUUAACCCCAAUGGCCGCAUCCCCGCUCUACUCGAUGGCUCACUGCGCGUUUUCGAAAGCGGAGCAAUCAUGACAUAUCUAGUCGACAAGUACGACACCGACCGCAAGGUGCGUGCAGAUAAUCCACCUUCAAACCACUUCCGUCUUUUCGCCAACACGCGCUCCGAUUACGCUAUUAGACGGUUUGUCAACGAGACGAAGCGUCUCUACUCAGUCCUCGAGUCGCGGUUGAAGGAAAGCCCUUACCUCGCGGGUGAGAAGUAUACUAUUGCCGAUAUUGCGAGUUUCGCUUGGGUCCGCAAUGCCGAUAUGUGCUUGGAAAUUGAUCUGUCUGAGUUCCCGGCUUUGAAGAGGUGGGUUGAGGAGAUUGAUAAGCGUGCUGCUGUUCAAAAGGGGGUGAAUGUUCCUCGUUCGGGUUGGACUCCCGAGCAGAAGGCUGAAUACUUCCGAAAUUGUCGGGCCAAGGUUGAUGCCAUGACAACUUCUGACCAGCAUUGA